CAACAACAACACCAACAACAACACCAACAACAACACCUGCAACAACAGCAACAACAACAGGUGUUAAUGUUCAAAUUACUGGCAAAGGCGUUGCACGCUGCGAGUCUUCAGUCAACGAUCAACAGCCGCAAGUCGCAAAUGUGGCCGCAUCUGUUAAUUAUGCCGCUUACGUAGCCCAUUUGAAUGGCUUUAGCCCAAAGCACAACAGCAACAACAACAACAAAAACAACAACAACAACCAGAGUCCACCCCCAUUUGAAAGCCUGCUCGAAAGACAGCCGCACAUUCAAGUCAAGCAGGAGUUCAUAGAGCCAAUGGAGCAGCGCAGCUUAAAUGGCAACAAUGCCAGCAACAAGCAUGCAGUUAUGCGACACAUGUCAAACUCACCGACACCGCCAUCUCCCCUGCGAUCUCUAUCAGAUUGCGGCAAGAGCUACGAGGAGGAGGAGGAGGAGGAGGACGACGAGCUGGAGGCGGAUGUGGCGCAAAAUUUGAGCAGCAAACGCAGCGCACGCCAAUUGGACGCCGACAUGGAGAACGAGGUGCUCAACUUGGCGCGCAGCGUUUCGCCAGCAGCCAAGCGCUUGGCCCUGGAGCACACGGCCGAGCCUGCGCUCGCGGCACAGUCUGCCGCCGCAGCCACGCCCCCCGUCGGACUGAGUCUGCCGCCAACAGCGCCGCUGGGCUUCGGGCCGGAGGAUAUGCAGCAGGCGCUGCAGCUGCAGCUGCACAGCUACAUCGAAAUGGUGCGCCAACUGGCGCCCGACGCAUUUCCCAAUCCCAAUCUGGCGACACAGUUUCUGCUGCAGAACUCGCUGCAAGCGCUGGCCCAGUUCCAGGCGCUGCAGCAGCUCAAGCAGCAGCGGGAUCAGCAGCUGCCCACGGCCAGCGAGCAGCUGCCCACGCGUCACUAUUCCACGCCGCUGAGCAAGUCGCCGCUGCGCAGUCCCUCGCUGAGUCCUGUCGCGCGUUCCAUGGAGCCACAGCAGGCGCAGCGCACGCCGCCCAAUUCCCUAGCGGCGGCAGGUCUGGGCCUGAGCAGCGCCGUCCUCACGCCCAAUACGCCCAGCAUGCAACAGCAGCAGCAGCAGACGAUGACGUCAACGACGAAUGCCUCGAGCACGCCCAAGCCGUUGGCUAGCGGCGCCACGGUGGCCGCUGUGAUGGCCACCAAGCUGGAGCAGUCGCCGGAGGAGACCACCGAUCUGGAGGAGCUGGAGCAGUUCGCCAAGACGUUCAAACAGCGUCGCAUCAAGCUCGGCUUCACCCAGGGCGAUGUUGGCCUGGCCAUGGGCAAGCUCUAUGGCAACGAUUUCUCCCAGACGACCAUCUCGCGCUUCGAGGCUCUCAAUCUCAGCUUCAAGAACAUGUGCAAGCUGAAGCCGCUGCUGCAAAAGUGGCUGGAGGACGCCGACUCGAGUGUGGCCAAGUCGGCGGGCGGCGUCUUCAAUAUCAAUACGAUGACCACCAAUCUGUCCAGCACGCCGGAGAGCAUAUUGGGCAGGCGGCGCAAGAAGCGCACCUCCAUCGAGACGACCAUACGCGGCGCUCUCGAGCAGGCGUUCGUGCUGAACUGCAAGCCCACCUCGGAGGAGAUCAAUCAGCUGUCGGAGCGCCUGCACAUGGACAAGGAGGUGGUGCGCGUCUGGUUCUGCAAUCGCCGGCAGAAGGAGAAGCGCAUUAAUCCCUCGCUCGAUCUGGACAGUCCCACCGGCACCCCAUUGAGCAGCCAUGCCUUUGGCUAUCCGCCGCAGGCUCUCAACAUGUCCAAUGGCGGCCAUGUGCUGCUCGAGGCGGGCGGAUCCCAUUGCGGCAGCUCCAUCAGCUCCGGCGAAUGAUUUGCUGCCAGCUGCCAGCUCUGGUCAGCUUGUAUAUAGAAAGAGAGAGGGAGGGAGCGAGAGAGCGAAAGAGAGAGAGAGAACUCCAAAUCUUCCACAAGCAUUCCAAAACUGCAUAUCGUAUUAACCCAAUCCCUUAGCCCCGCCCCUGGCCCUGCCCCUGCCCCUAGGUGAUAGUCAAGUCGUAUCAGCAGCAUUCCAUAACGAAUUUACGAGUACAGAACAUAUAUAUAUAUAUAUAUAUAUUAUAUUGGAUCUAUGUAGAGAGUUCCUCCUAGUUCCUAGCUAUACGAAUUUCUACCACAUUCUAUAUCCCCCAACUGUUUGUUGUCUCUGUAUAUGUGUAUAUGUACGUGUUCAGCAUGCCGAUCUAUCAAGUAUUUAUACUACACACACACACACACACACACACACACACACAUACAUAUACAUUAAUUUAAAUAUAUUUAAUAUUAAACCUAGACUAUGUAACAUACUAUCUAUAUAAUACUAUAUAUAUAAAAUGAUAUUGUUGUACAAUGUCCAAUUGUAAAUUGAUCUGAACUCUUAGAUCUUAACACACACAGAAACGCAAAAACAAAAAUUUCA